CAGUUUGGCUAGCGGCUUGCAAACCGGCAUUAAUGCUUGGACAUUGGAACUAAUGCUACACUCGUAUUUUUUUCUGCCCUGUUUUAUUUCCUGGAAGAAACAGUCUGACACAAACAUUCACUUGAAAUUGUGAAAUGGAACGCGUGGCAGAUGGCCGCUAGUAAUGGCACACCUUCCAAGUACACAGGUAGAUGAUUGUUAACGUUUAUCUGAGCAACAACCCGGACGCGGUCGCUGAGGUGCCUAUUACUCCUGACACAACGUGCCGGGAUGUGGUAGAUUGCUGCAAGGAGGUCGGAGAGGAACACUGUCACCUUGCUGAGCUGUGGAGAGGCUGUGAGCGGCCCAUUCAUUCCGAGGAGCGCAUCUUUGACAUUCUCCGGCAGUGGGGCGUCCACAACAACGAGGUGAAAUUCUACUUGCGUCACCAGAGUGCCAAGGUAGAGGAGGUCUCCAGCCGGGACCAUCAAGGUCAGAGGAUGAAGAAAAACAACGGGAUUCAAGAAGAUUUGAAGAUUCCGCCCGGCGUUGACCUGUCACUGAGCGAGCUCCAGGACAUGGCCGACCGGCAACAACACCAAAUUGAGGCCCAGCAACAGACGCUGGUUGCCAAGCAACAACGACUCAAAUUCCUGAAGCAACAAGAGCAGAAACAGCAGCAAAUGGCUGCUGAGGACGAGCGCUUGCGACGACUCCGAGACAAAGUAGACACUCAGGAGCAGAAGCUCCGAAAGCUGCGAGCGUUACGUGGCCAGGCCGACUCCACCAAAAACAGCAACCACACCCUGUCCACAGAGCUGGAUUCAGUCCGGACCCUGUUUGCCCAGAAGGAGAAGGAGCUGGCUCAAGCCGUGGCAAAGGUAGAGGAGCUUAGCCAACAGCUUGAACAGCUGAAACAUGGCAACCUGAAUGGCAUCAACGGGGAUGUCUACAAGUCUCCCGCCAACGAAGAGCUGGACAGACUGCGCAAGGAACUCUUGCUUCGUAAUAGACUGAAUGAGGAGCAGAGUGCCACAUUGCAGAAGCAGCGACAGAACAUGGUCCAUCGGAAGGAGGAGAUGGCAGUGGUGGACAGACGCAUCGAGGAGCUGACAGACAGACUGCGCAAGACCCGAAGCCUGGGCAAGCCUCAGCUACCUCCUCCAGGAACAAAUAUCAACAACAAUGCCUCAUCACAGAGUCGGCUGCCCAACGGCAACAUGAAGCUGGACAGGCCAGUGAAUGGAAGCCAAGCAAGAGAUGCGGGCAAUGGAAUGAACUAUAGAGGGGACCCAAGGGGGAUGCCAAAUGAUCCCGGUAGGAGAUCCCCCAUGGCCAAUGGAGAUAUCUCAGGACCUCCUCCACCCAAUGGUUAUGGGGUCCAGGGAAGACCAGGUCCCACUGGUCGCCCGAUGCCUCCAAAGCCUGCCACGCUGUUCCCUCCACAGAGCUUCAAGCCCAGGACGAACCAGAGCAGUGCCUCGGGCGUUCCUGGAAAAGGCUCGCCUAUGUCUGCCAACAGGCCGCACCAAGGCCCGGCUGCCUGGCAUUCCACAUCUUUGGAUGUUGUCCAGCCAUCGCGCGGCAAAUCUGAGGGCAUCAAUGAAAGUGGCAGCGAUACCUCCUCAUUGACAGAGAACUCUAGCGUGGACAGCAUGCCCACUAGCGCUCUACCCAAUCAGCAGCAGGGAUCAAACAGACGCCCUGACAGUCGCAGCUCUCCUGUACCUCAGCGGUCUGGAAGCCCCAUGUCCUCACAGCCCAUCCCCAUGGCCAAGACAGACCCAAGGUUAGCGUCCCUCUCAGAGAGGCGAGCUGGUGACAGAUCACCCAUGUACAAUCUAGCAAGCUUAGAGGCUGCCCUGUCUCCCCCACCUGCAGAAUUGUUGAAUGACCGUGGACCUCCUCAACCAGGUGACUGGAGACCUGGCUUUGGUCCUGGACAAGCUCCUGGCAGCCCAUCCCGCAAUGGAAAUGGCAACCAUACGGAGACUGACUUCAGGACAAGGAGUGCAAGCACUGACUCUCUCAGCUCACAAGGCCAUAAUGGUAACAGACAACAGCCUUCACCCCAGGGCAAGAAGAAACCCCCUCCCCCACCAAGAGCAGUCACAACUGGGCUAUCAAAUGCCACUCCAAGCUCUCCGUCAAGAAGUGGUCCACCUGCCCCCAACGGCCACAGGUACCCAUCGGUGUCAAGCCAGCCGUCAUCCCCAAGUGUCCCAUUUAAGCAUGAAGGAAACCAGUAUGGUCCUACCUCAACAGCCUCCACUCAUCCUGGUAGUCCAAAACUAUCUAGUGGGCGGAGCUCUGGUAGUUCCUCUCCUGUGAUUGGUCCUCGUAAUGGUCUAUCUGGUCCUGUCAUGAGGCCACAACCAGGAUCACCAAGUUCUGGUCAGUCCGCAAACACCCAACUUCCUGCCUCUGUCAAUUCUGACAUUCCGCCACCGCGACCUGAGCUUCCCCAGCCAUAUUCCUCCACUGGCUCCUCCGCCCCUGAUCCCACCAGACCCCGCCAUCAGAGAUCACCGGCAACGGUCGGCAUGUUUGUUCCACCGCCGCCGGCCCAGAUGCGCAAUUACAACCGCCCCAGUUAUGAGAAAGGCAUCACGUCAACCGACGGUGGAAAGAAGAACCUGGCAGUCAGGAGCCUCUUCCCUGACAUGCAGCCCAAUCCGCCUGGUCGAACCUUACUUGGAAACCUUCCACUGACCAGCAGCCUCCAAGGCUCCCAGUCAUCACGUGAUGAAGAUGACGCCCCCCUCAGUCCAAACCGCCCACCAAGUCCGCUGAACCUUCCCAUGAGCCAUCUCUACCACCACCCGGAUUUCCAGAGGUUGCGGAACAUGCCCCGCCCGCUCAAGAAGCGCCUCUCUUAUUCUGAGGACAAGGAGAGCCUGAAUUUCCUCAAGAUCGGCAGCACAGAGCCCACUGUGAACGAGAACAAUCAGGAACAGCAGGAUCCUUCCAAGCAGGAGCCACAGCCAAACGACAUCAGCAAGAAGGACCAAGACAUGAACUUUAGGAACAAUGCCAUCCUGAGUCAGAAGCAGUACACCGCUGCCCUGUCCCAACUCUCAAGAUCCCCGGUCAUCAGCAACCGGAGUGUCACUGGGAAGGGAGAAGUCAAAGGCAUCUUGAAGAAAGAAGGUGCCUUGAAGAAGACCAUCAGGGUACGCUUUGACCCCUUGGCCUUACUACUAGAUGCAUCCCUGGAAGGAGAGUUUGAUCUUGUCCGAAGGAUAAUGCCAGAGGUGCCUAACCCGAGUGGUGCCAAUGAUGAGGGUAUCACGGCUCUUCACAAUGCCAUCUGUGCGAACCACUACGAGAUAGUCAACUUCCUCAUCAUGAACGGCGUGGAUGUAAACUCACCAGAUAGUGACGGAUGGACGCCUCUUCACUGCGCUGCCUCCUGCAACAACGUGAUCAUGGUGCGCAACCUGGUGGAGCACGGGGCCUGCAUCUAUGCCUCCACCAUCAGCGACAAGGAGACGGCAGCAGACAAGUGUGAAGAAGAGGAAGAAGGCUUCAAGAUGUGCUCACAGUAUCUCUUUGGCGUUCAGGAGAAGAUGGGCAUCCUGAACGGCGGCCGCAUCUUUGCCGUCUACUCCUACAACGCCGAGAAGCCGGACGAGCUCGCCUUCAAGGACGGAGAGGAGCUGACGGUGAUCCGACGGGGCGAUGAGGAAGAGACAGAAUGGUGGUGGGCCAAGAAGGGCGACCAGAUGGGCUACAUACCCAGGAACUUGUUCGGGUUGUUCCCCCGUGUCAGGCCGUUGUUUUGAGGCUCCUCAGCCAAUCAGCUUUUUAUACCAAAUUGUGUAAAUACGUGACGACUGAACUUCUGGACCUAGUCCAACAGGACGUCAGCUUUUUAAAACUCCCCAAAA